AUGCCGCCGGAUCCGGCAAAAAAACUUGCCGAUUUGGUGCAGCAAGCCGGCAGACUGCACAGUUUGCCUGAACACAGCCGGGCAGAACACGAACGGGAAUUGUUCGGCGAGGUGCGAUUGGGCCUUUUGCAGCCGGACGCCCUCGAAGGAUCCUUCGAAGAGCAUGACAUGGCAGCCAUGCUGCGGCUCAUGGUUAGCUGUGGAAGCAAGAAGCGGUUGGCAUCUCGAGCCGUCGAAAAUUUGAAGCAAUUCCUGAAUAGCAGGUCAUGGCUCAAAGUGGCACAUGGCUCACCAGAGCUGCUUCUAGAGCUGAAAGGUUUCCUCUUGGAAAACCCAGAGGUAACCAAAGAUGCUGACAUGACGGCUGUCGCUUCUCUUUUGGAAGCGCCGCCGAGUGACAGCAGGUGCCGGCCAGAUUCGCCUACGAGUCCGGCCAAGCUGGAUGAUGAUACACGCCGGAUGAUUCUGGAACCGCUGCAACGCGGUCGCGAACUCAUGGCCUCGUGCAGAUGGCAUGUGGUUGGUGAUGAGUCAGGCCAGGCGCUUUCCCUGUUCUGCCGUGGCGUGACGCGCCUGGCCGGCACGGCUGUCGGCAGGGAGGCAAUGGAGGCUCCAGGGGCGGAGUUGCCCGUGCUGGACUGGCUGGCCUCAGAUUGGCCCAACAUCAUCAAGUUUCUUGCCAAUGUGUACGAAUCGAGACGAUUGAACAGGAGUCAGAUUGAGGCAUGUGUGGAGAAGUUGCGGUCGCUGUCCCAGAACUUCUCCGAGGCCGAAGCUUCCGCGGAAGGCACGAAAGUCAGGCCAAAGUGUGCCGAUGGUGCUCCAGAGGAUACCAAGGAUGACUCGUCGUUUGUGGAGGUGGAGGAAGCAGAGGAGCCGCCCCCUCCGCCUCCUCCGCUGCCGCCUCCAGCCGAAGAGGAGAAGCCUGGCUUGCUGAAGCGAAUCCUCUGGGGAGGAAAGGCAGAGGCAGAUCCGUUCCUUUUGGAUGUUAUCCAUCUUCUGGGGAGAUAUACGGACACUGCCCGACAUGCCCUCGUGGCGGAGCUUGUUGAGGACAGAUGGGAACAACCAGCCACGGCUCUUGCAUCAAUGGGUGCUAAUGCUAGCGACGAAGAGGAAGCAUUGCGACAGCGACGAGUGGAAGAAGAGCAGUCGGUCGGUAAGGCUUUGGACCGCUUUAGCUGCAUGGCUUCCGCCGAGAAUCGCCGUUGGGUGACCGGUUCCAACGAGCUUCUCCAGAUGUACUUUGCAGCACGGCAACAGGAGCUGGAUGUGGUGAGGCGGUGCUUCACCGACGCGGAGUCGAAAGCGAAGUUUACUGCGGCUGUGACAGACCGGACUGAUUCCCACCUGGGGCCCUUGAAGAAACUGGCGAGCUCCCCGCAUCCUCAGGAGCCUGACCUGGACUUAGCCUCCACUCGGCAGGCUUGGGCAAAGGAGGUGAGUCAGGGUAUUGUCGCGUCCUUGCGCCAGGACUGGCGUUCUGGCCAGAAGCAGACAUUGCAGGCUUUGGCCAAAGAUAUGCGCGCCGCAAUUCGGAACAUGACUGCCGUGCUGAAGACCCACCUUGCCACCCAACAGAAGAUGUCCGAAUCUGCAGCUUCUUCCUGGAGUAGCCAAAUCACAAAGGUCCAGCAAAGACUGACCCAAGUUGUUCGUGCCUGCCGGUUGGCUUUUGAGGCAAUGCUUCAAGCAGAGCUGAAAGAGGUGAGCAGAUUUUCGGCUCGGCAGAAGGAGUUUUUUGAGCGUGAGAUGCAACGAGCCCACCAAGCUGAUUCAGAAGACUCACAAGCAAGGGCUGCCCAAAUCAAGAAAUUGAAGCUGGCUUUGGCAAAGUGGCAGAAGCAGUACAUGAGCGAUGCCCUCCAAAGAGCGAAGGAAGCCCAAGCAAUCAAGGUUGAGACGGCCCUUUCGAAGGAGAAUGUGACAGGAGAAGGGAGCGCCUUGGCCUUGGAUGCGAAGGGAAGGGAGUGGCUGGAUGUGCAAAUCCCGACACUCCAACAAAAAGCUCAAGACGAAGCAGAGGCGGCCUUGGAGGGUUUCAGCGACGAGGAGAAGGCUGAGCAUAUGCCGGCAGUCCAGCAAGAAAUCCUCGAUCGGCUUCUAUCAGAAUCGGCCAUGGAUCGCUUAGAAGCCUGUGGAAUUGUGCUGGAACAUCUUUGGGAGCAUUCCACCAGCCAAGAAGAAACCUGGAAUUUCAUUUAUGGGCUCGAGGAGGAAGUGCCAUGCACAGCUGCAGCGGUUUCUCUUUACGAGGAGCAUUUAGCAAAGCAUGGCAUUUUUGCUGCGCUGGGUGGGCCUCUUGUUACGAGCUCGGCCUUAGAAGAGGCCGAAGCUGCAGCAAACUUGGCAUCAACGAAGCAAACUGCAGCGAAGCGGCAAAGUUCUGCAGCUGCAACCAAACUUGUGCAGAGAGCCAAAGCAAAAGUGUCGACAGCAUGCACCGGGGCGACUGAACCGGCGGCUCCCCCGGCACCGCCAGUGCCUGUUCCGGCUCCGACCGUUAUCGUCCCGAAGGCGGCUCCAGCCGCGGCAGGCUAUCCGUCGGACGCGCCCGGGAGCGGUGCCCCUGCCAGAGCUCCGAAGGCUGCAGCUAAGCCCGGCGUGGUUUGGGUCGACGUCAACCCGAAAGCCUGGCAGAAAACGACGUUGAAUGGCCACACAGGUCUUUCGUUUCAAGGCUUCGAUGGCACGCAGGAGACGAAGCCUUGGCUCUCCUACGUGCAACAGCGUGCGGCGUCGGACGAGCGCGUGGCUGUCCUGAUUCUGAAUCGCCGCCACAAGAACGACGCUGUGGCCAUCAAGCAAUUCUGUGCCUCGAAGCAUGUGCCCCCUCCGCAGUUCAUCGUUUGUGGCAAAGGAGCGCCUGAAGAGGUGUGCCGAGAGUGGGGGAUGCAGGACAUUCAUGUCACCAAAGAUUGGGACGAAGCAACUCGCAUAGCUCUCAGUGAGGUGCGCACUCCGGGUCCGCUGCCACUGCCCCGCUCACCACUCGGAACUGCCUAA